AUGGAGACAGAGACCACCUCUACAACUUCCACCAUGCAAGAGACGACAACUACAACCUCUACUGCACCAGAAGUCCUCACUACAAUUCCCAUCACAACAGUGGACACAACUACAACUCCCACACCUAUAGAAACCACUAAUAUUUCCACAAGGCCUGACACAGUAGUUACAGCAACAACUUCCAUGACAGCAAAGGACACCACUACAUCCUCGACCGCACCAGAGACCACAGCUACAGCCACUACUACACCAGUAGCCAAAACUUCAAUUUUCACCACAGAUGUGGACACAACUGCAACCUCCCCGCCAAUAGAAACCACUAACGUUUCCACAACUCCUACCACUACAAUUCAAAUAUCCACCACUCUUAAAGGUACCACUACAACCCCCAUGACAACAGAAGGCACUACUACAAACCCCAUCACACCAGAAUCCACAACUACAACAUCCACUACACUGGUAGCCACCACUGAAACAUCCAACACUCCUGUGGGCUCAACCACAACUGCCACACCAACAGAACCCAUUAUAACUUCCACCACUGAAACCUCCACUACACCACUAGUCACAUCUAGUACAACAGAGGACACCACUACGUCUUCGAGCAUUACAGAAACUACAGUUACUACUUCGCCUAUAUCGCUAAGCACAUCUUCAAUCCCCAUGGUGACAGAGACCACCACUACAACUUCCACCAUGCAAGAGACUGGAACUACAACUUCUUCUACAGAAGAAGGGACCAUAACAAUUUUUUCCACUCCAAUGGACACAACUACAACCUCCACACCAAGAGAUACAACCAUUUUCACCAUUCCUGUGGGCUCAACCACAACCUCUGUGCCAAUAGACACAACCCUAAUUUCCACCACCCAAACCUCCAGCAUUCCAGUAGUUACAACAACCACCUCCAUGACAACAAAGGACACCACUACAUCCUCAACGUCACCAGAGACCGCACCUACAACUUCUACUACACCAUUAGACACCACUGAAACAUCCAGCAGUCCUGUGGGCUCAACCACAAGGUCCACACCAAUGGAGACGAGUAUAACUUCCACCACUGAAAGCUCCACCACACCAUUAGUCACAAAGGCGAUUUCCAUUUCAACAGAAGAAACCACUACAAUUCCCACCACAACAGUGGACACAACUACAACCCCCACACCUAUAGAAACCACUAAUAUUGCCACAAGGCCUGACACAGUAGUUACAGCAACAACUUCCAUGAGAACAAAGGACACCACUACAUCCUUGACCACACUAGAGACCACAGCUACAACCACUACUACACCAGUAGCCACAACUUCAAUUUUCACCACAGAUGUGGACACAACUGCAACCUCCACACCAAUAGAAACAACUAAUGUUUCCACAAAUCCUACCACUACAACCCCCAUGACAACAGAGGGCACCACUUCAAACCCCACCACACCAGAAUCCACAACUACAACAUCCACUACACCGGUAGCCACCACUGAAGCAUCCAACACUCCUGUGGGCUCAACCACAACUUCCACACCAACAGAGCCCAUUAUAACUUCCACCAGUGAAACCUCCACCACACCACUAGUCACAUCUAGUACAACAGAGGACACCACUAUGUCUUCAAGCGUUACAGAAACCUCAGUUACUAUUUCUUCUAUACCGCUAACCACGUCUUCAAUCCCCAUGGAGACAGAGACCACCUCUACAACUUCCACCAUGCAAGAGACGACAACUACAACCUCUACUGCACCAGAAGUCCUCACUACAAUUCCCAUCACAACAGUGGACACAACUACAACUCCCACACCUAUAGAAACCACUAAUAUUUCCACAAGGCCUGACACAGUAGUUACAGCAACAACUUCCAUGACAGCAAAGGACACCACUACAUCCUCGACCGCACCAGAGACCACAGCUACAGCCACUACUACACCAGUAGCCAAAACUUCAAUUUUCACCACAGAUGUGGACACAACUGCAACCUCCACACCAAUAGAAAUCACUAACGUUUCCACAACUCCUACCACUACAAUUCAAAUAUCCACCACUCUUAAAGGUACCACUAUAACCCUCAUGACAACAGAGGGCACUACUACAAACCCCACAACACCAGAAUCCACAACUACAACAUCCACUACACUGGUAGCCACCACUGAAACAUCCAACACUCCUGUGGGCUCACCCACAACUUUCACACCAACAGAGCCCAUUAUAACUUCCACCACUGAAACCUCCACCACACCAUUAGUCACAUCUAGUACAACAGAGGACACCACUACGUCUUCGAGCAUUACAGAAACUACAGUUACUACUUCGCCUCUACCGCUAAGCACAUCUUCAAUCCCCAUGACAACAGAGACCACCACUACAACUUCGACCAUGCAAGAGACUGGAACUACAACUUCUUCUACAGAAGAAGGGACCAUAACAAUUUUUUCCACUCCAAUGGACACAACUACAACCUCCACACCAAGAGAUACAACCAUUUUCACCAUUCCUGUGGGCUCAACCACAACCUCUGUGCCAAUAGACACAACCCUAAUUUCCACCACCCAAACCUCCAGCAUUCCAGUAGUUACAACAACCACCUCCAUGACAACAAAGGACACCACUACAUCCUCAACGUCACCAGAGACCGCACCUACAACUUCUACUACACCAGUAGACACCACUGAAACAUCCAGCAGUCCUGUGGGCUCAACUACAAGGUCCACACCAAUGGAGACGAGUAUAACUUCCACCACUGAAAGCUCCACCACACCAUUAGUCACAAAGGCGAUUUCCAUUUCAACAGAAGAAACCACUACAUUCUCCACCACACCAGAUACCACAAUCACAACUUCUAUUAUACCAGGAACCACAACUGCAACCCCUGGUACAGCAGAGGCAACCACUACAACUUCCACCACACAAGAGCUGACAACUACAACCUCUACUUCACCAGAAGUCCCCACUACAAUUCCCACCACAACAGUGAACACAACUACAACUCCCACACCUAUAGAAACCACUAAUAUUUCCACAAGGCCUGACACAGUAGUUACAGCAACAACUAACCCCACCACACCAGAGUCCACAACUACACCUUACGUCACACCGGUAGGCACCACUACAAUGUCCUUCACACCGAUGGAUUUAACCACAACUUCCACACCAAAAGAUACCACCCUCACUUUGACUACUGAAACCACUCUUGUUGCUACAACUUCCAUCACAACAGAUGUGACCAAAACAACUCCCACCACACCGGAGACCACAACUCCAACUUCCACUAUACCUGUAGUCACCACAACAAUUUCCACUUCACCUGUUGGCUCAACCACAAUGUCCACACCAAUAGACACCACUAUAGCCUCCACCACUGAUAUCUCGACCACAGCAGGAGUCACAACCCUAACUUCCAUCAUAACAGAGGACACCACUACAUUCCCAACCACACCAGGGCCCAUAAUUACAACUUCUACUAUACUAGUAACCACAACUUCAACCCCCAUGACAACAGAGGCCACCACUACAAUUUCCUCCACUUCAGCUAUGACUACACAAAGUAGCACCAUAACAACUACCCCAGGACUUUGCCUCAAUGGAUUCCAUGAUGGGAUUAAAUGUGUGUGUCCUGAUAACUUAUUCUACGGGCCAAGAUGUGAGUUUCCUGUGGAGGAGAUCCCUGUAGAAGUGGAAACUGUACCUGUGACAAUUGAAGCCCAAGUGAGGAUCACCAACCAGGAGUACAAAGAUGAUCUUGAAAACACAAACUCUGAAGCCUAUAAAAAUCUUGAGGCUGACUUUAAAGAGCAGAUGGACAACGUUUACGAGAAUGUCUCUGGAUACAUUGGUGUGAAGAUCCUGCGUCUGAGGAAGGGUAGCAUCAUUGUGGACCAUGAAGUCAUCAUUGAAGCCAAGAUAAACAAUAAUGUGAGUGCCAUCAAUGCAACUGUUCACAACCUGAAAGAGGCAGUGAAAGAACAACUGGUUAGCUUAAACACCACUGAUCAGAACUGUACAGAGAGCAAAACAUUCUGCUUCUCUGCUCCAGCUGACCCUAUUCUCAAUGUAACCACACAAUUUUCAGCAACAGAUUUUUGCAAUAGGCUCACCAAUAAUUCAACAUACUACUAUCCCGAUACCACAAAGAAUGGUAGCCUGCGCUGUAUCACUGACUGCACCAAGGACUCCCCACGGGCCAUCAACUGCAAAUAUGGAGUUUGUGUCAUCGCUAAAAAGGGCCCCCAGUGUGAGUGCAGUGAUUUGGACAUGUUUUGGUACACAGGCAAUCGCUGCAAGACACGCUUCCAUAAGGGUGAGGUAGGCCUUGGUAUUGCACUGGCCGCAAUCUUCUUGGUCAGCAUUGUCUUGGCCAUCUUCCUCUUCAGGGCCAAACAGAAGAAACCUGGAUCUCGCUGGAGUGAUGAUGCUGAGAUCUGGUAUACGCAGGACGCGGAAAUUGAGUGUAAAGCCUAUGGGAAUCUGAGCAUCAUGAAUGAAGCAGCUGCCUCCUUUGAUGGAAGCCAAGACAGAAGCAAGGAUUUCCACGCUUCUCUUGAGUCAGUGGAUUUCUCAAAAGGGCUGCAUUUCCCAAAACCAGAAGUGGUGACUGAUGGUUGACUCCAUCAAGGGCGCAUCCUGGAAAUUAGCCUUUGAGUGACUGAGAUGCAUGAAGGACCUAACAGGCAGACUGAAAGGCCAUCAACAGACAGGCUGAAGCAAUGGGCCAUAGUGAUGUUGACUUCCUGAGGCUUCUUAGAUUUCUUUGGGAAUGGUUUCCUGGAAGAAGGCCACAAGAAGACCAUCAGUCUGCUAGCAAGCACUUUUUACGUGUGUGUGUGUUCAUAUUGAAACCAAAUCAAUAGUGCUCCGGAUUAUUUGCACAAGCAGAACAGAAAUACUUUAACCUGUUCUGUAUUAUCCUGAACCCUCUCCCUCAACUGUGGGUAACACUUUUUGCCUGCUGUCUUUGCUCUUUUUCUCAAGCUUUUCAAUAUGCAUGGUGCACAACAUUUUUUCAGAUCUUAUUCACUCUUGAUUAUUAUGUUGCAUCCCCACCACCAAUUUUUUAUCUUACAUUUUCAAUAUAACAUAUUACCAUUAUGUUUCAUUAUUUUACUUUUUAAAUUUUUAAAACAUUUAUGUCCUGCUCCAACAUAAUGCUGUUUGAGAUGACUUACAAUAAUAAUACAAUAAACACAGAUGAAACAGGCAAACAGCAGCAAAGAAUUAAGAGAAGUGAUGCAAAAACUAAAACUGGUUAAACUAGAAAACCAAUUAAGACCAAUUAAAACACCUCACAGAAGAGGAGUUUCAAGCUCCUUGUGAAACUCAUUAGGGAGGGAGAUUGGCAUCUAUUUAUUUACUAUUGCUUUUACUGUUUUUAUUCAUUCUCUCUUCCUUGCUGCCAUUUUUCUACAUUUAAUUCACUUCUGCAUUCUUAUUGUCCACAAGUCCCUCUCUUUCUCCUCAGGCUUAAUCAGUUAUUUCUGGAUAAUAAGAUUGUGCUUCUCUUUCUCUUCCUUCUUCUCUAUCCUGUCAUUUUGCCCAGUAGUCUUCCUUCUCUUUUACUUCUUCAUUUAUUUAAAUAAAGUCUGUCUCCUGACAAGUGCUGGAACCCUAAUAUCUACCUCUCAAUCUCCUUCCUCUGGUGUUCCUUCCCCUUUCUGUACAGUCUUGUCUCUUUUAGAUUGUAAGCCUGAGGGAUAGCAAUAGCAA